UAUUUUAUUCCAAUUUUCAGUCUCUUCUUUCUCUACCACCCUUCGUUCUUCUUUCUCUUCUCAGUUCUCACUGUGCAACAAUGGCAGCCUGCGAAAGUGCAAAGUGCGAACCGUUCUUCUUUGAUUUGCCCAUCACGACUUGAUCUCCUGAGUAAAAGCCCUAACAAAUUAUGAGAAAAUUUCGUGUAAUUCGACCUCAAUUAGCAGAUCUAGGGUUUACAAUUUCAACAAAGUAGGUAAUUUUUCACCCUUUUCUCUGUGUUUCUUUCUUAGUUUUGUCAAAUGGGUGUCCAAUUUCCGACACUUUUCCGAUACGGUUAUCGACGCCCAUUUCCAGGCGUGUCGCGCGUCGUGUCGAGUCGACACGCGACACGCGAGGUUGAAUAGGGUGUCGGAGUAACGUAGGGCAGCAGCAUGUUCUACAAUUCAUCAUUUUUCCAACACCUAAAUCUUUUAUCGUGCCAGUUAACUUUGUGUCUUCUUUUGCCUCAUUGGUGAAAGAGAAAGAAAGUAGGCAGGAUAUUUUGCAGUAUGGCAACUCAAACUCAAACUCAAACUGGAAAUGAGGUUGAUCUGACUGAAAUGCUCCCAAAAGUUGCAGAUAUGAUCUAUGAGGAAUCUCCAUUAAUAGAGGGAUUUGAGGAUCUAUUUAGAUCACUUGAGCCGGGUUUAAGAGCUUUACAAGCUAUACUGAAAGGGUCAGAAGCACAAAGAAGCUCAAAUGUGGAGGAGGUGAAAGUGUUGAUGGGAAAGAUGAAAGAAGUUGUUUUGUCUGCAAAAACCCACAUUGAGGAUUACAUAAUAAAACGAGAACAGCCAAUAAAAAGAGGUCAUCUCAGGAGGUUUGUGCCAUUCAUGAGAAAUGUCAGGGAUCACAAGAGACUCAUCAAACUUUUAAGGUCAAUAGAAGUCCAAAUUCCUGAACUCGUUACACGUGCUCAAGAGCUAGGCAUAACAGCAGUUGCAGACUUGUCAUUUGGGAUUCAACUACGGAAUGAAGAUAGUGUUGUCGGGUGUGAUGAAAGUGUGCAAAUUUUGGUAAGUUACCUUCUCUCCGAGUACCGUCAUCGUGCUUCUACAAUUUCUAUUUUGGGCGUGAAAGGAGUUGGCAAGACGACCCUUGCAUCCAUGGUAUAUAAAAAUGCCAUGAUAUCUAGUCAUUUCACUUGUCGUGCUUGGGUUACUGUACAACAAGAUUUGGAGCCUAAAGAAGUUUUACAGAGCAUAGGCAAACAAGUGUUGCAGGGAAACGACAAAGGAGACCUGGAGCAGAGUAUACUAUUGGCUUUGAGUAGCAGUGAGCGUUACCUCAUAGUACUGGAUAAUGUGCCAACACCUGAAGUAUGGAGACUACUACAAGAAGUGUUGCCAAUCACAUGUGCUGGUGCAGUUAUCAUUACCACCCAGGUUAGAGAGGUUGCAUUGGAAGCUAGCUUAAGAGGGCUAAUUUAUCAAGUCGAGUUGCUAACUCCAGAAGAGAGCUGGAAGCUGUUUUGUGCUAGACUUGGAGAUGUCCCCCAAGAGUUGAUGCAACUGGGAAGGGACAUAGUAGAAAGUUGCAAGGGCUUGCCACUGACAAUAUCAGAAACUGCAAGUAUACUCUCUAGGGAAGUAAGAACUGCGGAUUGCUGGAGUAAGCUACUGCAAGAGCUUCGAAAAGAAGGUUCUAUCAAGCAUGUAGCUGCGGAUGCGUUGCCAUCUAAUCUGAAGAAAUGCUUGUACUAUUUUCUCCUUUUUGAUGAAAACUAUGAAAUUCCUGCUAGACGAUUGAUUGCACUUUGGCUUGCUGAGGGACUUGUGCACUCGGAAGGGUCCAAUGAUGAGAUUCCUCUAGAAGUUACAGCAAUGAAGUACUUCAUUGAUCUGGAACAGCGAACAGUCAUACAGGUUUUGAAGAAGAAGCCAAACGGUAAUGCUAAGACAUGUCGCCUGCAACACGCUAUCAGAGACAUAUUGCUACCAAAAGCCCAGGCAAGUCAUUUUUUUCAUCACAGCAGAAGUAAUGUGAUUGAUAUACGUAGGCUCUCUCAUCUUCCAGAAAUUAAUGGUGCUACCUCUGCUGUUAGAGCUGCUGGUGGAAACCAACAAAGUAAUUCUUUGGCAACUAGUUACAAGCAUAUGCGUUCAUUUCUAUCCUUUGAUCCACGAGAAGGGCCUGAGCCAGGAGAGCACAUCAGAAACUUUCUUCACAGAAAUGUCAAGAUGGGAGGCUUCAAGAGCUUGAGAAUAAUGGAUCUUGAAGGUGUUUUCCGCCCCAUUGUACCUGAUACUGUGCUAAAAGAACUUAGCCAACUUAAAUAUUUAGGACUAAGGAGGACUUAUUUAUAUGUCCUGCCUACAUCAGUUGGCUGCUUGCACAAACUUCUCACGUUGGACUUGAAGCACACUUGCAUAAGCACUGUUCCACGUUCCAUUUGGAAGUUAAAGGAGUUGAGACACUUGUACCUGAGUCAGGAUUACCGUACAGAAUUACCUUCUCCCUCCAGUGGGACACCGAUCUCGCUAACCGAUCUCCAAACAUUGUGGGGUGGGUAUAUAGAUGAUCAGAGUCUAGUCAAAGAUGGCUUCGAUAGACUGAAGAGCCUCAGAAAACUGGCAUUAACAUGUCAAAUGACAGCUUCCAAACAGAAGGCACUAGAAGAGUGGAUUGUGAAAAUGCCUCACCUUGAAUCCUUGAAAUUGAGGUUGAUUGAUCAAAUGAUCCAACCAUCUAGCAUCUAUCUUGAGCAUCUUUCAGGUCUUACAAAUCUUACUAGCCUUUAUUUAAUCGGAAAGAUAGAAUUUAGUCAAUCUACACAUGCUAGUUUGCUCACCACACUUCCAGAAAGCCUUUUGGAAAUUACCUUGUCUCUGUCCAAGUUAGAACAAGAUCCAAUGCCGGUAUUGGGAAUGCUUCCAAACUUAAGAAUCCUUGCUUUGCUCUCUGAAUCUUAUACUGGAAAGACCAUGAUGUGUCGUUCUCCAAGCUUUCAAAAACUCCAUUUGUUAAAACUCUGGAAACUAAAUGAACUGGAAGACUGGAAUGUGGAUGAAGGAGCUAUGCCGGUAAUUGGAGCAAUUGAGAUUCGGUCCUGUAUGAAAUUAAAAACAUUUCCACAAGAAAUGAAGCAUCUAAUUUACUUUCAGUGAGCAUGAUAGCAUAUGACAACAAACAAUACUGGAGCUAGAAGAUAUUCUCUGCGCUGCUAUAAAGGACUGCUGGAGGUUAUGGUACAUACCACAACAGUUCCUUGAGCCAAGCCCCAAGGUACUGAUUUUUAAGUGAACUAGACAUCACUACUGCUUCAUUCUUUCCAGAAUUUCUCAGGAUAACUGCUGGUUUGGUCUUCCUCAUUUUAUUUUUUUGGUUUGGUUGAGGCCUUGAUCAGCACCUUCUUUUGUGCUUCUCAAUAAUCUUAAACAUCCACUCGAUAUAAAUGUUUCACAAUAAGCUUAA